UAGGGCAUUGGCCAUAUGUGUCAACUCAAGACUCUGCAAGUUAAAUUUGUAAACAUCUCCACCACAGAAGACACACACAACUCCAUAUUUGGACAUCAAUUCACACUGUACUCCUUGUCCACCAAACUGUGUGUGGAGGUCAUUAAGGACGUGGCGACAUGGUUGCUGAUGUUGACCAACUGCCAGUUUCCACCAUUUUUAUUGGCUUCAAUGCUUCACCUGACAACAGGACGUGUGGGGUGCUUGCUUUCCAAGCAAGCGGUGGUGGCACUGACGAGCAGUAGUGCGAGGAUGUCAAGCCAUGGCCACCACGAGGUGUCUGACUCGGUGGACAUGUCACAGCCAAUGUACUGGGAUCGUCUGGACACCCCUCUGCCAGAUAGACCAUGGAAGGAUGUCCUCGAUUCUACGGAUAAGAGCCUGAAACAGAAGGAGAAGGGUCCCUGGACUGCACUGUCCAAGGAGGAGAAAAUCGCCUUGUACAGGCUGAAGUUCAACCACACCUAUCCUGAGAUGAAGAGGCCCUCCCAUGAAUGGAAGACUGUGAUUGGUGGGAUGUUCAUCUUCUUUGGCAUCACUGGUCUAGUGGUCUUUUGGCAGGGCCACUAUGUGUACCCACCCCAACCUCAUACCUUUGGUGAGGAGUGGCAGGCUAAGCAGAUCCAGAGGAUGUUGGAUAUGCGGAUCAACCCAAUCGAGGGCUUCUCUGCCCAGUGGGACUACAAGAACAAACAAUGGAAGUAAAGGAAGGGAAUAGACCACUGCUGGAAGGAGGAAUGGUUCGACUUGAGCCUCUGUUCAGCCACCAUAACAGCAAUCCAUCCAUCUGAAUCCAUUCUCUUACUAUUUAAGUAAUAAAUAACUAAAAACUG